AUCACCACUUUAUAGGUAUAGGUCUUUUAAUUUUUUGACUAGUUUUCAUCACUGUUCAUCAUCAUGAACUGGAAUGUUGUGAACAUAGCAUUUUUGGCUGCAACUGUUGGAAUAGUACAAGCUCAAUUGAGCAAAGUUGACAGACCUAGAGGUGUAUCACUAACAAAAAAGGUGUUUUAUGAUCCAAACAAAAAUUUUGCUUGUUUUGAUGGAUCUCGAACUAUUCCGUUUUCUCAAGUAAAUGAUGAUUAUUGUGAUUGCAAUGAUGGAUCCGAUGAACCUGGAACAUCAGCCUGCCCAAAUGGACAGUUUCAUUGUACAAAUGCAGGAUAUCGACCGUUAAAUAUUCCAUCAUCUCGUGUUAAUGAUGGAAUAUGUGAUUGCUGUGAUGGAAGUGAUGAGUGGAAAACUGAAGGACUUUGUACUGAUACAUGUAAAGAGUUAUGGAAAGCAGCAAGAGAAGAUUUACAGAAGCAAGCUGCAGCAGCAAGCAGAGGUAUUCAAGUUCGUAAAGAAUAUUCGGACAGGGGUAUUGCUCUCAGGAAUGAAAAUCAGAAAAAAUUAGAGACAAUGAAAAUUGAAAUUGAGGAGAUCAAGAGAUUGGAAGAUGAAAUUCGAAUCAAAAAAGAAGAAACAGAACAAGCAGAAGCUGUAGCAAAGGAUACCGAACAGACUGCAUGGAAUGAUUUCAAAUCCAGAGUUCAAAAACAACAAGAAUCAAGAAAAGCUGCAGAUGCUUUUACUGAACUUGAUUCAAAUAAAGAUGGAAGCAUUUCUGUUGAAGAAAUGAAAUCUCAUACAGAACUUGACACAAAUUUGGAUGGUGUUCUAGCAGAUGUUGAAAUCAAGGAAUUAUUAGGAGGUGAUAUGGCUGAAGCACCAUACUUUAUUGAAAAUACUUGGAAAAUCAUAAGUGAAAAGUAUAUAUCUCGUCCUACUGAACCUGUAAAGGCACCGGUAUUUCGAAAUUUACCUAAGAGAGCGUGGAUGAUGGGAACAUUUAUUCAACGAUUGAAAUUAUACUUUCUGGUACUGGGAGAAAUUGAUGAAGAGGAACACCACGAUGAUGAUCAUGAAGAUGAUGAUCUGGAUGAAGAGGAAGAUGAUGAUGAUUAUCAUGAUGAAGAAGAUUUGGAAGAUGAAGGGUAUGAUGAUGAUCUUAGCGAGGAGGAAGAUAUGGAGAUGAAAGCUAAGCUGGAGGAAGGCGAGCCGCAAAAGGAAAUUCUCAAGCUGAACAGGUUGAACAAAGCAGGAAGAAACGGUAAGCCUGAAGAAAUACCAGAAAUAAAUUUACCGUCAGAACCAGUUUGGACUGACAAUACUAAGGCAUUAAUAGAAGCAGCUGAAAAAACAAGACGUGAACAUGAAGAACAACAAAAGAGGAAAAAAGAUUUGGAAAGAGAAAUCGCGUCUCUGGAGAAAAAUUUGAAAAUGGAUUUCGGUAAUGACCAAGCAUAUAAAGAACUACAAGGAAAAUGUUUUGAUUUAGAUACACAUGAAUACACAUACAGAAUAUGUCCAUUUGAUAAAACUGUACAAAAACCAAAGGGUGGAGGAUCAGAAACAAGUCUGGGACGUUGGGGAUCUUGGAGUGGUCCGGAGACUAACAAAUAUUCCGCAAUGAAAUAUACUGAUGGUGUCAAGUGUUGGAAUGGUCCUGAUAGGUCAACAGAGGUGAGAAUUGCAUGUGGAGAUGAAAACAAAUUGUUAUCGGCCUCGGAGCCUUCAAGAUGUGAAUACCGUUUUGAAUUUGUCACUCCUGCUGCUUGCGAACCCAUCCAUGUUCCAGAUGCCGCACAUGAUGAAUUGUAAUACAAUGACUGAAAAAAAUAGGGAAAUAGACUUAUGCAAAGAUUUCUACUUUCAUACGGUUCUGCAAAACUUAGAUGUCCAGCAGUUUAUCUUUGAUAGGCUGCGAGUCAUUAAUACACUCUUGACUUGAAAUGUUUCGAUUGUUUCAAUUGUAUGAAAGCCAACAGUUCACAUGUUACUUUAAUUUCCGCUGUAUUAGUUGAACUUAUUUGUCAAAAUGUUCCGCACAAGUUCUUUUUGUUUUGUCGCUUUGAAUUGAAACUUUGCAGUAUUGGUUGAAGAGAAGAUUACCAUUUACUAUUCACACACAAAUCAUUGUAGUUUUCAUAGCCCUAUUCAUAGAUGAUCACAACAUACUAAUUAAGUUUAUUUAUUAAAAUGUUAAAGACCCUAAUUUUUUUAUGUGGAAGGCAUUAAAAUUUGGUUAGACUUAAUGACAAAUAAUACAAAGCCCUUAUCGAUUGCACAUUUGAAGGCAUUGGAUCUGAAAAUGAGGAUAGAAACCAGAAAUUACCAGAAUGUUUACGGUCUGUGUAAUCAGUCUUGCUUACUAAAAUAUCAGCUUUUCUCAUUAAAAAAAAUUUUCUAUAUAUAUUUACUUGAACUACAUAGCAUCUUCAUAUUUCUUGGCAUUUUUAAUUUUACUAAACAUUCAAUAAAUAUUCUAUAGUCUCUGCUAUGCCUGUCAUCACAUAGAUUUCGCUUUUGAUUAAAUUUUCUGCGCUUUCAAAAAAAUAUUGAUGGUUAUACUUCUAGUGAGCACAUUCCGAUAAUGAAUUCUAUAAUAUUUCCGAAAUUAAUUAUUACCUACCUGCACCUAUUAAAUUGACUGUGUCUGAUUUUCAAACGAAUUCAACGUUCAAUUGAUUUUGUGUGUACCUGGCGGCUUCAAAUUGAAAUAAGUUUCAUUGUGUAGUCCUUCCUAUUUGCUUUCGGUUGUGAGUAAAAUAAAGUGUGAUUUAUCUGUGCAAUCUUUCAGAUAAUAAUGCCCGCUAUAAUUAAAAUAUAUUUAGGAUAUUCUGUAUCCAUUUUAAGUCAAGCGAUCAACCAUCAAAUUGUUAUUUCAUUGAUGUUUUUGUCAAGUUUAUUUUCUCCCUAUAUCUGCAUAAGAAUAUUUAUCCCGCUGUUCAGCUUAAGAAUUGUGCUAUCGCAUAGCGCGAAUUUAUCUUGCUUGAGAACUUUAGGAAAUGUUUUUGUUUUGCUAAGCCUAAUGAAAUGAAUAUUAGUUAUAUAUUAAUAUUGUUUCUCUGCAUGUUAGAGUUCACAUUGUAUUAGUUCUUUGCUAUGUACUGCUAUUUUUGUUGUCACUUAUUCAAGCCAUAACUUCGAAUUGUAAAAGGAUGCUGUAGUCAAUUUGAAGAGAUUAUAUUUGCAUCCAAGCAUGUUAGAGGAAUAGCUCAAGAAAAUGCUAUUCUCUUAAAAUGUUGCAGUAGUAAAUAACAGUAGGGUCCUAUAUUAAUGAGUCAUAGUUUAGAUAUAAAAUUAAAUGGCGGCUUUCAAAUUAUUUCUUCCGUCAACUAGCUCUAAUUUGAUUUCACGCUUUUUGGGGAAAUUUAUGUAUAUAUAACGUUUAAUGUUAUCAAUACAUAAUAUAUCCAUUGAAGGAUAAUUUAACUUCAGUAAGGAAACUCUGUGUAUCGGUUUGUGAAUGCUAAAUUGGCACAAAACUAUGAUUUUUUGUGUUCGCCAAGCUAGUUUAAUGUAAAUGUUGAUUAGCGCUUGUGAAAACAUACUGGAUAAUUUUUUCUAAGUUCAGAAUUUGAAAAAAUAUACUUAUAUCGUUAUAACUCACUAUUUCAGCAAUUGGUGCCUACACAGAUUUCGAAUGAUUACAUUCUUUAGCAAAAUUUUGAUAUUACCAUAAAACAAAAUUCAUUUCCCAUUAGGAUAUUUUCACUUGUGGAACAAUACUUUGAAUCUUUCUAUUCUAAAAUAUAAUUGUUACGAAUGCUUUACCCUUCAAUAGCAAAUACCCAUAGAGCUGGAUAAUUCCAACAACGUUAGAUUUUGAGUAUAUAUUUUUUUUUCAUUUUAUAAGUUGCAUAAGAAACUGAUUUAUUGGAUUUUACAAUGGGAGUUUGGAAACCAGAUUUAGAAUGUCGUAUAUCAAUGCUUGGUAUUGCGUUUUGAAAAAAUUCGUCGUACUCCUUAAACAUGUUUAUUCAAUACUAACUUUUCUAUUGUCCGUAGUCGAAGCAAAAUCUAAUAAAAAGUGCAAUUAAAUGA